AUGAGAUGUGGUAAAAGCUAUGAAGGACCUUUCAUGCUUGUAGAGGAAAAGAAGAGUACUCCAGAGGAAGAUGUCAGAGCAGAAGAGAAUUCCAAGGGAAAGAAUAAGGUGGACAUUCAGACCAAGAAAGACGCAGUGCCAGAAAAGCUGCCCCCUCCCUCCAUUCCUACGACAGUUAGAGUGCCCUUUCCACUUGCGGUGAAGAAGAAGAAGUUGGAAGCUCUGCAAGAGAUGCCCACGUAUGCAAAGUUCCUAAAAGAUGUGCUCUCCAAGAAGAAGAAGUGGAUUGAUUAUGAGACGGUGAACAUAUCUGAAAACUGUAGUGCGAUAAUUCAAAAGAAGCUACCUGCCAAGCUUAAAGAUCCUGGGAGUUUCAAUAUUUCAUGCGUCAUUGGAAAUGACAGACAGACAAAGGCACUAUGUUAUUUGGGGGCGAGCAUAAAUUUGAUGCCAUUAUCAUUUUUCAGAAAGAUGAAGAUCGACACUCUCAAGCCGACUACAAUCACACUGCAGAUGGCAGAUAGAUCAGUCACCUAUCCUAAAGGAAUUGUUGAGGAUAUUCUGGUGAAGGUACACGACUUCAUAUUUCCCGUCGAUUUUGUAGUGUUAGAUAUGGAGAAAGAAAUGAAUGUGCCGCUUAUCCUAGGGCGUCCAUUCCUAGCAACGAGAAAAGCAUUGAUAGAUAUAGCAAAGGGAGAGCUCACUCUUCGUAUGGACAACAAACGACAUAUUUUAUCUAUCUAUAAUGCUAUGAAGAGUCGUGAAGAUGAGGAACUUAUUAUGAAGAUGGAGUGCAAAGCUGUGCAUGUUGUAGAGCUCCAAAAGACACAAGCAAUUGAGUCCACAUUGGGGGAUUUUUCAUUGCCGCGGUGGAUGUUUGGUUCAUGUGGUGGAUCAAUUUCAAAAGAAGAGACUGCAUCAAAUCCUAAAGUGAAGGAGAAGAAAACAAAAGCUGAAAAUUCACCCAAAGUGGAAACCAAAAUUUGUGAUGGUGCUUUGAAAACUACUUGGUGGAAGAAGAGAUUGGCUAGAUCAUAUGCUUCCAAGAUUGAUAGAAAAUCCAACACCACCAUUUAUGGCAUGACAUGA